AAAGCAGUUGUGCUUUACUCAGGCUCGGCUCAUAAAAUUUUCAGCAUUGUACUAAUUAAUUUUUUUUUCUAUCAAAAUAUAAUUGUAUUAUCCUAUAUUAGAAAAUUGGGAGCCUAAUGUUUACGUUUUUUUAAAAAAAAUUAGGGCCCUAUUUUCUUAACAAAAAAAAAAACGACCUAGUGCAAAAGCACCCUCAGCCCAUGCCUUUCCGGCCCGGUGCUUACUUGCGCUAUUACAUCGAGAGUGACGAUGAUGCUCUGGUGGAUACGCAUGUGAAAAUCCUUGGAUGUUCCUAGUUUCAAUGAACUUGUGUGGUUGUGUUAUGUGCCGACCUUGGUACUUACUAUGUCUUUUCACGUUUGCAAGGUUUUUGUCUUUCUUCCAUAACUACACCCAAUAGAAAAGUUUAAUGGGUUAUUGUUUCAUCUUUCUUCGACUAUAUGAUAUCUUGAUUUGAAAUUUAACAUGCUGCCCAAGCCCUAAUGUUAGAUUGCCCUAAAUUAUGUUGUAGAAAUGUAAUACCAUGAAAAAAGUAUGGAGUACUAAAUGUUUUGAACGUUGAAAGUUGAAACUGCUUCACUCUCUAAUUUAAAUGGACUAGAGACAAGUUGACCGUUAAAGUAAAUGGUCUGUCUCUUCCUCUUAACCGUUGUCAUCUUUCUUGGGACCAUAUGGUCAUUGAGUGAUGGAGAUGUCUACGAGAAGUUUUGGAACUUAACCAAUGCCCUUUAAAUAGAUGGACUUGAGACAACUUUGAUUAUCAGAGCAAAAUGGUUUCUUCCUCUUCGUCUUUGACACCGGUGAUGAAAGACGGAGAGUGUAGAAGCUGGUCGGAGCUGCCCUAUGUAUUAACGUCAUCGAUCCUGCGCAGGCUCGACUACACUGACAUAUUGGUAAACGCACAGAGAGUGUGCAGAUCGUGGCGUCGCGUCUGUAAAGACCCUGCCAUGUGGAGCAAGAUUGAUUUGCGUGACCUAGGAAAAUUUCGGUACCUCGUCAAGACCUUGUGCCGUCACAUUCUCGAUCUUAGCCAAGGAGGCUUGGUUGAGCUUGACAUGUGGUAUAUCGGUCCUGACUCUCUCCUCGACUACAUCGCCUAUAGGUCAAGUAACCUGAGAAGCCUUAAACUUGACUUAAUCUCUAUGAUAACAACUGAUGGACUUACAGAAGCGCUUGGGAAGCUUCCAUUGCUUGAAGAACUCGAGCUCUCGCGCUACACAUUGUCUGGAGAUUCUCUGAAAGUUGUAGGCCAGUCUUGUCCUAAACUGAAGACACUGAAGUUACACUCCCUUGAGAUCCGGCCUCCUGGUUACGGGAACGAUGAUGAUGCUCUAGCUAUCGCUGAAACAAUGCAUGGACUUCGCUUCCUCCUGCUUUUUGGAAACUGUUUAACAAAGGUCGGUUUAAACGCCAUUCUUGAUAAUUGUCUUGAUUUGGAGCAUCUUGAUUUGCGUCUAUGUUUCAACUUUAAACUUGUCGGGGAUCUGGAGAAGCGGUGUUCCGAGAGGAUCAAAGUUUUGAGACGACCUUUUGACUCUCCUGACUGCCCAUAUGAUGAGAGGGAGAUCCAUGCUGAUAUAUCUGACGAUGAGGUCCCUUUCGUGCCAGAUGUUAAUUCUUACGGUGUCUUCGAAAGUGACAGUGACUACUCUGACAGCGAUUAAGACAACCCGUUGAUGAAUUAUGUUUUCGAGAUGCAUUGUCUUCGUUCGUUAUCUCUUCACUGUGGUUUCUGAAGACUUUCUUGUCUAAUAGCAUGCGUCAUUUGCUUUUGCAGAACUAUUAUUUUUUUUUUAUGUUAACUUAUUAUGAAUCUAUUCUACAAUGUUAAAUAAAUCCUUCUGCAAGUUAGAAUUGUCCAAAAUAAUGUUCUGUUUAAAAAUCAGAAAUAACAAGAAACGCAAAAAUGAGUUAUGUAAUAUCUAUGGCCCUGUUCUGCUUCAGGUUGAAAUGUUUCAUCAUUAUAUGGUAGCGGAACGGUCAGUGAAUCUCAGUUAAAACUACUGAGGUUUUGGUACAAAUCAAUCAACAGCAAAGUUCCUUGUGGCUGAAGAAAUGGCCAAACUAGCACCAUAUCGAGCUCUGGUCUUGUAAUCUGUAACCCCUUGGCACCCAAGUUGUGAUCUGAAAUAUUUUUUUUGUUUAACAUGAGAUACUUUUCACAUCAUUUUUUUGUUUAACAUGAGCUCUGGUCUAGUAAUCCCUUUGUAUCUUACUGUUCUUCUGUAAAUAUUAUAUCAUGUUUCUAACUCUUGCAUGCACAACUAUCUGCAGUUCAUGUAAUCUGAGAAUCUCUCGAGGUUUCAUACUGCUCAUCGUCAGCAAAGUCUGUGAAAGUCGUAGGUAAGUUUUGUCCAAAUCUGGAGACAUUGAAGUUAAACUCGCGGUGCUUACUUGUGGCCUUACAUCGAGAGUGACGAUGAUGUUCUAGUGGAUACCCAUGUGAAAUCUUUAGGAAAUCUUUAGGUGUUCCUAGUUUCAAUGAAAUUGUUUAUCCUUUGGUUAUGUGACCGACCUAGUACUAAUGUCUUUUUUGCAUUUGCAAGGUUUUUUUUUCUCUGCAAUAACUACACUCGAUAAAAGUUUUAUGUGUGAUCGUUUCAUCUUUCUUCGACCAGGUCUUUGAAUCUGACUAUUUUCCAAGGCCCAUGUUUGUACUAGAAUUAUGAUACCUUGAUUUAACAAGCCGCCAAGCCCUAAUUACUUUGCCUAAACUAUGUUGUUGAUACGUAAUGUCAUGAAUAUAUGGUCUUUUUGAAACUGCUUCACACACUGACACACUUAUAUAAUGAACCUGAGGCAGUUUGACCAUUGAGAGACAAUGGACUCUUCCGCGUCGAUAUUGUCAUAUUCCUUGGGACCAUAUGGUCAUUGAGUAUUCGUUAUGUUCACGAAGAAAAGUCUUGGAACUUGAAAGUUGAAAGUUGAAACUAAUUCAAAAUGCAUAAACUAGCGUGGUGAAAAGCCCUAGUAUAUAGGAAAAUUUUUGAAAGUUGAAACUGCUUCACAUACUUAUUUAUUGAACUAGAGGCAGUUUGACCAUCCAGAGAAUAUGGUCUCUUCCUCUUAGCGCCGUUGCUGUCUUCCUUGGAAACAUAUAUGUCUACCAAAAGUCUUGGAACAUGAUACUACUUCACUCCCUUUAUUUAAAUAGAUGGAGUUGAGACUGUAUGAUCAUCAGACAAAAAUGGCCUCUUCACCAUCGACUCCAGUGAUGAAAGAAGACGGAGAGUGUAGAAACUGGUCGGAGCUUCCGUAUGAAUUAAUGGCAUCGAUACUGAGCAGGCUCGACACCUUUGACAUAUUGGAAAACGCUCAGAAAGUGUGUACAUCAUGGCAUCGCGUCUGCAAAGACCCUGCCAUGUGGCGGAAGAUUGACUUUCGUUA